AUGGCAGGCAGCAGCUCCGAGCAGUAUGCUCGUAAUUACAUGCUAGGUACCGGCUACCAAGGAACUGCGAGGCUGAAUCUACAACAUUUCUUUUGGAAAGAUCAAAUGGGGUACAAUCUGCACCCAAGUAUUCCAACAUCGAGUUCGGAAUUGAAGAUCGCCGAUAUUGGCACUGGCACAGGGAUCUGGCUGCUUGAGAUGGCUCGAACGUUGGCAUCUUCCGCCCAACUGGACGGUUUCGACAACAACCUUUCUCAAUGCCCACCCAAGGAAUGGCUUCCUGAUAAUGUCAACAUAUAUGAUUUCGAUGCAUUUGCCGACCUUCCCGAACACCUUAUCGGGAAAUACGACAUCCUCCACAUCCGCCUUUUUCUCUUAAUUGUCCAAAACAAUGACCCGAUGCCGCUCUUGAAGACGUUCAUUCAAAUGCUCAAGCCUGGAGGCUACAUCCAAUGGGCCGAAUACGAUCUGGCUUCAAGGUAUAUUGUUCAUGCCCAAUCCUCCAACUCUUCCGCAAACCUCACCGCCGCAAUCGACGCACCUACUGGACAGAAUGAUACUAGAAUGCAUCCAAAGUGGGUUGCCGAUCUGCCCAGGACGUUUCGCGAAGGUGGAUUGAUAGAUGUCUUCGAACACCGGAAAGGAACAGAUCUCACGCAUCUACUGCUACACAAUGAUGUCAUUCUGUUGGCACUUGAGGAGAUGAGCUAUCGUGCUUUGGACCGUCUAGGUGAUGGCAAAGGACAAGCUCUCCGCGAGAGCCUCAUCAAAGCGGACCUGGAGUGUCGGAAAGGUGUUGCCAUUAACCAAGACAGAGUCACAGUCAUUGGAAGAAGACCUCUAUAG